CCCGGCCCCGCCCCGCCCCGCCCCGCCCCGGCCCGGCCCGGCAGGCGCACAGCGCGGGGCAGCGGCUGAGGCGGCGGAGGCCAUGUCGCACGGUCCGCGCAUGGUCCGCACGGGCGUCUCCACCUCCUUCUCCCCGCAGCCGCCGCCGCCGCCGCCGCCGCCCCCACACGGCGGCCCGGGCCCGGAGGCGGCGGGGCUGGUGGACGUCGGCUACGCCCGCUCCUGCGCCGCGGGGCUCAAGCUCGCCCAGAUGGUAUCACUGCUGAUUGGAUUCAUCUGUGUCAAUAGCUCAGUGUGGACAGAUUACAGUGCCUACAGCUACUUUCAGAUUGUCAGCAUAUGUGACUUGAUUAUGAUUGGUAUCUUUUACUUGGUCUACAUUUUCCGAGUUUACAAAAUGCUUAGCUGCAUUAGCUGGCCUCUUGCGGAAUUUCUGCAUUAUUUAAUUGGUACAGUUCUGCUUUUCAUUGCAUGUAUUGUGGCAGCAUCCAAGAGCUACAAUCAAUCAGGACUCAUAGCUGGAGCGGUCUUUGGUUUCCUAGCUACAUUCCUUUGCAUAUUGAACAUGUGGUCAUCUUACAAGGUCUCUUGUGUUACUCAGUCCACAGGAUGUCUGUGCCUUGCUAAAGGUGAAACCAAAGAAAAGAGCCAACCACUGAGUAAAGAGAGUGGAUAUUGUUGCAACAGGACUGUAUUCCAAAAGUGUGUGAAGAUCUACUUGAAAAACUUGUGCAAAGGAAGGAACAAACAGUAUUUGGACCAAAGAAGCUGGCACCAAAAUAAUUUAUAAUGGAGAAACUGAAUUUCCUGAGCUUUACAGAGAAAUGCUAUUUCUGUCCUUUUGAACUGCUCUCUUGCUCCCAACUAGUUGCAAUAAGAAUAAUAAAACCUCAUCUGGAGAGUUUACACUUCUUCAUUAGGAUCUGUAUAAUCUUAAAGGUGGAAAAAAUUAAUUCUGAUUUCUUCCAUCCUUUUACAAAAGGGAAAUCUUUCUUCUCUAUUAACCUUUAACAAAACAACUGCUACACACCAAAGCUGUGCCUGGGAAAUCUGCCUGAAAUCCUCUUCUACCUCUUCAUUUCAUGGUCACUGAGAUUUUUUUGCAUUAUCUUAGUCAAGACUAGAAAAAGACCUUAAAGAACUUAUUCUUGGAGGAUUCACUGUGAACACUCCCUUUUAACCUCAGAAGUAAACUGGGUUUUUUAGAUGACCAAAGACAUGUUUCAAUGUUUACAUUUUAAAAUGGCCAAAUCAGUAAGCUUAGAAACUUCUUUUUAGUAUCCCACAGUACAGGAAAAUAGAUAUCCAAGAACACAUAUUUAAAGGUGAGCCAAGUUUCCUGUUUUCCUUCUUGUCAAUUUGUAUUUGCAUACUGGACUUCAUUCACAUUUAUGCAGAAUUAACCCAUGGGAAGGGGAAACUGAGUUAUCCAGGAAUUUCUGUCUUUGGAGUUAUAAGUAUCAUUAUCUGUUUCUUCAACAUGCAGACAGUGUUGAUGACUCAACUGCUCAGCCAGGUCUAUGCUUUCAGGAACUAGAAACCAUCUUAGGGGAAGUAUGUAGCAGAGACAGAACCUCCCCUUGUCUGUGGGUGCAGCUCACCUCCACCACAGCUCUUGUUUUCUAAAUCAAACCCAUUUAGGCAGGCUGACUAGGGUCCAGGCCCAGGGCAGAAGGUCUAAAUAAAGUUCACUUGAUGAGGGACAGGCAUAAAGGGCCUUGUGCAGGCUCUUUGGCUCCAAUUAACCAGGAGGCCAAAGGAAACAUGGGAAGAGCAGCAUCAUUUGAGCUGUUUCUUAUUUUUUUGUUUGCACUAAUCUGUGCCUAAAUGCCUAGCCUCCGUUUUUGUGAUCACUCUCCUUAUAUAGAAUAAUAACUGUAUAUAUAAUAAUCCCUUUUUAUUAUAUAGAAUAAUAAUUCUAUAUAUAAUAAUCCCUUUUUCCCCUAAGGAGCAAGCCAUUAUACAUUUUGUCAUUCUUUGCCUCUGUAUCAUGUUUGUUUCUGUUUUAUGUGCUUUUAUUUUCUUACUCUCUGCUAAAAGAAGUUGGCAAGAAGAUAGGGCUACAAAUAUUAAACUAAUGAAAUAAAAAUAGCUGAAGCUUAUUACUGUUUUCUGGUAGAGGUAGAAAAUUCUUCUCAACAUAGCAUGCCGUUUCCACAAUUUAUGUUGCUGUUGCAAACUUCCUCUUAAAGAAAACAAAAUGACCAGCAAAGGAGCCAACCAAAAGCACAAAUGUCUAUUUUCUGCCAAUACUUGGAUUUAUUUUUGUAAAUGAAAUGGUCACAGGCCUUAUUUGUACUAAAAAAUUAUUAAAAUGUAAGUGUUGUUCAUUCACCAGCCAGUUGUAUAUAAGCCUUUAAUAAUGUUACAGGUUUUGUACAAAGUCCAGAAUUGGCCUGCUUUUGUGCCUGACAGCCCUGUCUGGUAUUUAUUCUCUCCACUGAAAAUGUCAGUUUGUGUGAAUUAAGAGUAUAUGAAUAGUCAUUUAUCCAUAAACCAUGUAGUAUGGAAGUAGCAAUGGUGUAAGCUGCCAGCAUUGCACAGCCAUGACUUGGAGAAUCCAGUGAGCUAGUGUGACAAAAGAGUGCAUUCUUGGUGCCUAUCUUUGCCUUCUCUGUGGAAAAUGCCAACAGCUAGUGGUGAUGUUUUCUGCAAAGGAGAGAGAUGCUUUUUCACUGACUCAGGCCCCUGAACUGAUUUUGAUGACUGAUGACCUCACUUUGAUUUGGACCAGGAACCUAGCUAUUUAAGGUGUUGUAUGUCCCAUCCUCAGGAGGAGCGUUUAUAAUACAAAACAGUACUUCUCCUAGUUUUUCUUCUUUUCUUGUGUGAGGAAUGCACAUGUGUUUACUAUGCACAUUAUCAGUGCAACCCUCUCUCCUCUGGCAGCUAUUCAAGAAAGAAUUCCUUCAGCAACCGAGCCAACUGUGCCUUGCCCUUUCUCAUCAGCCUCCUCACUGACUGUGGCAGCAGGACAGCAUGUCCUAUGGAUGCAGGACAGCAUGGUUCAUGGAGGCCACAUCGUGCUGAGAGUUUCAAAAGGAAGGUGAGCUCUCUGGCAAUUGAGCUAGUUCCUAUACCUCUCAGGUGGUCCACAUAUUCCUCUGUACAGGAUUUGUGCCUCUUAUCCCCAAGUGCUGCUGCAUUUGUGCCUCUUAUCCCUCCCUCCUCUCCCCUCCUGAGUGCCGCUGCACUGUCAUUUGCUGGACUUCCACAAGACACCCUCCCUCCCCCCCAACAAUUCCAGGUAGGAAAGGCCCCCAAGUGGGAGCUGAACCCAAUCUAGCAGCCAAAUUGUCUGUUAUUGCCCAAAGAAUAUUUUCUCAGACACUUGAGUACACUGGGAGCAUUGUAUCAAAGAAACAAGAUAAAAACUCUCCUUUUCACUUGCAUCUGCAGACAAAGCAAAAACUAGGCCAGGUGUAGACAUGGAAGGCUUUCAUUAACAUACUUAUCAGUAUAACUUUGUAAAGCACUGGUAGUGCUCCAAACCCACUUGUAUUGGCGCAUUUCAAAUUCAGAGCACUUUCAGAGCAUUACUUUCCCACCACCCAACACAUGUGCGCGCACGUACACACACAAGCCUGCAGCCAGAGAGCUGGAGAGCAUGAAUCCCUGUAUGCCUCUUAGCCUCUGGAGGUUUCCAAGGACAACUGGUAUCACAGUUUGAUUGCACAGGAGAGCACUAAUUGGCUGUCUGCUCUCCUUGUCCCCCUGCCCUCUCCCUCAAGAGUUGGGGAGCAGAGCACUGUGGGAUGCCAGAGGACUGAGCACUCUGGUGGAGGGUGCACCUAUUUCAGGAGGUGCUACAUCAGCACCCUCCCUAGCUGUAGCGCUCCACAGGCACUCAGCAUGCUUUGAAGAGAACAUCUGCCCGUGACCCUAAUGUGGAUACAGCUUACACUGGCAAAACAGUAUUUUUGCUCUUUAGUUUCCUUCACCCAGUCCCUGCAGGACAUAAGUUCUGACAGCAAAGGUGCAAUUUUGCUGCUAUAUCUGUGUCUGCAACAGCAGUUUUUGCUGCCACAGCUGUGCUGAUUGGAAAUUAUACCCUUGUUGGAAUUGAUAUACCAGGCUGAGUUUGUAGCAUGGACCUGGGUGCUUUAUUUCUCUGUGAAUUUGAUGUGGAAUAUGGAAUACCAGUAUUUAAAAAUAAAUUAUAUAUAUCUUGUAAAAAAUA